GAGGGGCCCCGAGGCGGGAGGAAAGCUGCGAUGAGGUCCGUGCUGACGUGGAAAGAUAAAGUCGAUCAGUGUGUCUAUGACCUUGCAUUUAAGCCCGAUGGAACGCAACUGAUUCUGGCUGCAGGAAACAGAUUACUGGUUUAUGAAACCUCGGAUGGCACCUUGGUUCAGCCCCUCAAGGGACACAAGGACACCGUGUACUGUGUGGCCUAUGCUAAGGAUGGCAAGCGCUUUGCCUCGGGAUCAGCUGAUAAAAGCGUUAUUAUCUGGACGUCAAAACUGGAAGGCAUUCUCAAGUACACGCACAGCGACUCGGUGCAGUGCGUCUCCUACAACCCCAUCACACACCAGCUGGCGUCCUGCUCCUCCAACGACUUCGGCCUGUGGUCUCCUGAACAGAAGUCUGUCUCCAAGCACAAAUCAAGCAACAGGGUCACCUGCUGCAGCUGGACAAAUGACGGUCAGUACCUGGCCCUGGGGAUGUUCAACGGGGUCAUCAGCAUCCGGAACAAGAACGGCGAGGAGAAAGUCAAGAUCCAGAGGCCCGGGGGCUCCCUGUCCCCAAUAUGGUCCAUUUGCUGGAACCCAUCAAGAGAGGAGCAUAAUGACAUCCUGGCUGUAGCUGACUGGGGACAGAAACUCUCCUUCUACCAACUGAGUGGAAAGCAGAUCGGGAAGGACCAGUCGCUGAACUUUGACCCCUGCUGCCUCAGCUACUUCACUAAAGGGGAGUACAUUUUGCUGGGGGGGUCAGACAAGCAAGUGUCCCUUUAUACCAAGGACGGAGUGCGGCUGGGCACUAUCGGGGAGCAGAACUCCUGGGUGUGGACCUGUAAAGUGAAGCCCGAUUCCAACUAUGUGGUGGUCGGCUGCCAGGAUGGCACCAUCGCCUUCUACCAGCUCAUUUUCAGCACAGUUCACGGGCUCUACAAGGACCGCUAUGCCUACAGGGACGGCAUGACGGACGUGGUGAUCCAGCACCUGAUCACGGAGCAGAAAGUUCGUAUUAAAUGCAAAGAGCUUGUCAAGAAGAUUGCCAUCUACAAAAAUCGAUUAGCGAUUCAGCUGCCAGAGAAGAUCCUCAUCUACGAGUUGUAUUCCGACGACUCCUCGGACAUGCAUUACCAGGUGAAGGAGAAGAUUCUCCGGAAGUACGACUGCAACCUGCUGGUGGUGUGCACGGACCACAUCAUCCUCUGCCAGGAGAAGCGCUUGCAGUGCCUGACCUUCACCGGGGUCAAGGAGCGCGAGUGGCAGAUGGAGUCUCUCAUUCGCUACAUCAAGGUGAUCGGUGGCCCUUCUGCCAGGGAAGGCCUGUUGGUGGGCCUGAAGAACGGACAGAUCCUGAAGAUCUUUGUGGACAAUCUCUUCGCCAUCGUCCUCCUGAAGCAGGCCACCGCCGUGCGCUGUUUGGACAUGAGCGCGUCCCGGAACAAGCUGGCCGUGGUGGACGAGAACGACACGUGCCUGGUGUACGACGUCCACACCAAGGAGCUGCUCUUCCAGGAACCCAACGCCAACAGCGUGGCCUGGAACACACAGUGCGAGGACAUGCUGUGCUUCUCGGGCGGAGGCUACCUCAACAUCAAGGCCAGCACCUUCCCCGUGCACCAGCAGAGGCUGCAGGGCUUCGUGGUCGGCUACAACGGCUCCAAGAUCUUCUGUCUCCACCUCUUCGCCAUGACGGCCGUGGAGGUGCCGCAGUCGGCUCCCAUGUACCAGUACCUGGACAGGAAGCUGUUCAAGGAAGCCUACCAGAUCGCGUGCCUGGGCGUCACGGACGCCGACUGGCGGGAGCUGGCUAUGGAAGCCCUGGAAGGCUUAGAGUUUGAAACUGCAAAGAAGGCCUUCGCCAGGGUGCAGGACCUGCGGUACCUGGAGCUCAUCAGCAGCAUUGAGGAGAGGAAGAAGCGCGGAGAGACCAACCAGGACGUGUUCCUGGCCGACGUGUUUUCCUACCAGGGCAAGUUCCACGAGGCGGCCAAGCUGUACAGGCGCUGCGGGCACGAGAACCUGGCGCUGGACAUGUACACCGACCUCUGCAUGUUCGACUACGCCAAGGAUUUCCUCGGAUCUGGGGACCCCAAGGAGACCAAGAUGCUGAUCACCAAGCAGGCCGACUGGGCCAGGAACAUCAACGAGCCCAAGGCGGCCGUGGAGAUGUACAUCUCGGCCGGGGAGCACAUCAAAGCCAUCGAGAUCAGCGGGGACCGCGGCUGGAUCGACACGCUGAUCGACAUCGCCCGCAAGCUGGACAAGGCGGAGCGCGAGGCCCUGCUGCUGUGCGCGCACUACUUCAAGAAGCUGGACAACCCGGGCUACGCCGCCGAGACCUACCUCAAGAUCGGCGACCUCAAGUCCCUGGUGCAGCUGCACGUGGACACCCAGCGCUGGGAAGAGGCUUUUGCUCUGGGCGAGAAGCACCCCGAGUUCAAGGACGACAUCUACGUGCCCUACGCGCAGUGGCUGGCAGAGAACGAUCGCUUCGAAGAAGCCCAGAAAGCGUUCCACAAGGCCGGGAGGCAGCGGGAAGCGGUCCAGGUGCUGGAGCAGCUGACGCACAACGCCGUGGUGGAGAGCAGGUUCAACGACGCCGCCUAUUACUACUGGAUGCUGUCCAUGCAGUGCCUCGACAUAGCCCAGGCAGAUCCUGUCCAGAAGGACGCCAUGUUGGCCAAGUUCCACCACUACCAGCACCUGGCCGAGCUGUACCACGGCUACCACGCCAUCCACCGCUACACGGAGGAGCCGUUCAGCUUCCAUCUUCCCGAAACCCUCUUCAACAUCUCCAGGUUCCUGCUGCACAGCCUGACCAAGGACACCCCCCUGGGCAUCUCUAAAGUGAACACGCUCUUCACGCUGGCCAAGCAGAGCAAGGCCCUGGGCGCCUACAAGCUGGCACGACACGCCUACGACCGGCUGCAGGGCCUGCAGAGCCCCGCCCGCUUCCAGAAGUCCAUCGAGCUGGGCAGCCUGACCAUCCGCUCCAAGCCCUUCCACGACAGCGAGGAGCUGGUCCCCCUGUGCUACCGCUGCUCCACCAACAACCCCCUGCUCAACAGCCUGGGCAACGUCUGCGUCAACUGCCGCCAGCCCUUCGUCUUCUCCGCCUCGUCCUACGAGGUGCUGCACCUGGUGGAGUUCUACCUGGAGGAGGGCAUCACCGACGAAGAGGCCGUCGCCCUCAUCGACCUGGAGGCCCCCAGACACAAGCGAGAGAGCAAAUGGCAAGAGGUGACCAGCCCCAAUUCCCAGUCGCUGCGGCUGGACGAGGCCAUGGACCCCAUGGGAGGCGAAGACCCGUUCACCGCCAAGCUGAGCUUCGAGCAAGGCGGUUCCGAGUUCGUGCCCGUGGUCGUGAACCGGACCGCGCUGCGCUCCAUGAGCCGCCGCGACGUCCUCAUCAAGCGCUGGCCGCCGCCCCUGCAGUGGCAGUACUUCCGCUCGCUGCUGCCCGACGCCUCCAUCACCAUGUGUCCCUCCUGCUUCCAGAUGUUCCACUCGGAGGACUAUGAGCUGUUGGUGCUGCAGCACACCUGCUGCCCCUACUGUCGCAGGCGCAUCGACGACCCCGGCCCCUGACCGCACCCGGGUCCCCUGAGCGCCCUGCAGACCCGCGGCCUGCGGAGAGGAAGGAGGAGGGUCCCGGCCGCCCAGAUGCAGUGGUGCUCCAGGGAGGGGCCUCGCGGAACCGCAGGAUUCCUACUUCUGGCACUUUGUGCCUUGUAAAUAGCACCAGGGGCUGGGGAGAGGACGCACCUAUAUUUUCUAAGGAAAAAGAAAAGACCUGAGAGCUCGGGAGCAGCCCGGGUAGUGGAGGGGCAGCCCGGGUA